AUGGCGUGGUUUGCACUCUCGUUUCGUGCCCCGUGGGCAUCGCACCGCGCGGAUUCUCCACCUCAGCAACAGAGACCGGCGCAAGAUGGGACGCAGCAUGAGAGAUUUCACACCUCCACGCAGGCGAUAGAGAGCUACACCGUUCGCAUAUUGGAUCCCAGCAGCCGGCCAAGCCUGCACACAAAGUUGCGACAAGCAGUCGAAGAAAGCGGAGGUGUCAUUUACUAUGCCGUCGAAUACAUCACAUCCCUUGACUGGCUAUGGUCAUGGGAAUCUGUUGGAGGAAGGGUGUGUGUCGAUCACGAGAACAAGUUUGGAGAAAGAGAGCCGGCGAAGUUGCAGCAGUGCGGGGAGUAG